AUGUCGUCUGACUCCCAGCACACAAGUAAAGCGCUGAAGAAGCUCUUCAGUGCGUACUGCAGCAAGGCUCUGAGCUGCUUCCUGCAAGACUUGAGGAUCAGUCCAGAGCUUCUUUCUCCUGACGAGACCCAUGCAGUGCUUGCAGAGACAGUGAAAUCAGGCUCGAACGAGAUCGAUUUCUCGGAAUUCAAGAAGUUUUUGCGAAAACUUGCCAUCGUUGAGUUCAAGAAGAAGCAGUACAGGAACAAGUACGUGGCGCAUGAUGAGCGGUUCACAGCUCUGCUCGCUUACAUGCAGAUCGAUCGAGUAGACGAGAUGCUCGCAAGGCGCAAGGGCAGUCAGCAGAAGACGGAGAAGAGAGAUUCCAAGAAGAGUUCGAAAGGAGGAGGGAGUCACAGGUAUCGUGUGACGUCAGCCAUCAUAGCAGAAUCUGAUUUGGUUGAUUUUACUUCUUCCGUCAGUUCGAGCUCUUCCAAGGACGAGACACAGGAGGAAAGGCACGGAAAGCACCAUGACAAGGCAUCGGAAAGCGGGAGAAGGAAGGUUGAAGAUGAGCGGGAGAGGCCACGAGGAAGCGUACACAGUGACGACGAGGUCUCGUCGGGAUGGGAUCAAGCCGCCAACCACAGGGAGGAGGAUCACCUGCAGAAGAGCUCGAAACCUCCAGCAGGGGAGGAGCGAGACGAUUUGAGCGAGGACUUCGAGGAUGAAGACAUCAUCAUACUGGACGAAGACGGUGACGAGCUCAUGCAUGAGGGAGAAGAGAUGCGGGAACAAGAUCAGCACGACAAGCUUGCAGCAGAAGAACUUCACCCGCCCUCCUCCUCCUCGCCAGCAGCAACGGCAGGAGGAGAGGACGAGAACUCCGUCGUAAGGCAUGCGAGCAUGGAAAAGCGAAACCUGUCGAGGCCACAAAGCGCCGUGAGACCUCCGAGCGCGACGAGGCAUCGACCAGACAGCGCUCAUCGGACAGGAUCGAGCUCGAGCGGGCUAGGAGGAACAGUGGGAGGCAGCGGAGCCGGAAUCGCCAUGGCUGCCGACACUUCAUCCCUCCUACGGCAGCCGCGCAGCAAGCUUCAGCUGAGGUGCAACUGCGGGGGGAGGACAGGCAGUCUCUUCCUCACGACAGACAUGAGCUGGGAGCAACUUUGCGGGCACUUCCGGGCUCUCUUCGGGCUGGAAGAUGACGUCCCCAUCGUCUUCUCCUACAGGAUCGGAUGGGACGCAGAGAGGGGAGGGGGGAGAGUCUCCGUAUGCACCUCCAGCAGCGACCUGACCCUGCUCUACGAGAGCAUCGCGAAACAUCCUCCUCCCCAAGGGACGCUCAAGGUCAACUUGCUGCUGUCAACGGAUGAGGAGUCUUCAUCGGAUGAGCGACACCCGCCGGAGGAGGCGACGGGCAGCAGGGAGCGAGACUCAGAGCUGGACAAGCGAGUGGAAUACAUCCCCGGAGGAGCAAACCAAGGUGGUAGAGCUGAGCACAUGAGCUUCAAUGAUUCGGAUGCCUCGGCGUACCGUCAACAAGCUGUUCGCCCCCCGCGGCCCCAGAGCGCUACCAGCAGGCCGAUGUCAGCCCCAAGGAGCACGAGAAGUGGACUUGACUCAUGCCCGCAAACGCAAGACUUCGAUCUGUCGUUCAGCUCGUCACAGGGCAUGCAGAUCAGACCAGGAAUCAAGCAGGGGUCAGAUUCUCUCUUGCAGAACAUAUCGGAGAGGAGGAGUCGCGUUCAGAGUGCUUCUCGCAAUCCCACGGGUCGACGAGAAGGGCUGGCAGAGCAGUCGUCUAUGGCGCCCUCUGUACAGUCGGAAUCGUCGCAGCUCAACUCCAAGGCCUACGAGAAGCUUCGCUCUUGCGUAGCCCUGGGGAUCCUCCCGGCAGACGCCAAGUUGAGGCUCGAAGUGGAGCACUGCACGGCGAGAAGACCAAGUGCAACCUUAAGAGGUUCUUCCGAGGCCUACGUAAAGAAAUUUUCGACGUUCAAGUUCAGAGUGAAGGACAAGAUGAGCGCAUGGAAUGUUGAGGUGGAGAGUACUUCAAGGAAACCCAAGAUAGGAUCCUUUGAGAUCAACCUGCAAUGGCAGUGUAACGGGUUUCCUUACGAGAUCUUGAUCUUUUCUAAGCUCAAGACCAAACGAUGGCCUGACGUGGAGAGCAUCGUCUCGACCCUCUGCGAGCUGCUGCCGAAGCAAGAAGAGGUGGAAGAGGCGAAAAUGCUGCUGAGAGUGGUCGAUCAAGACUUGAACACCAUCGGGGAUGCUGAAGUCAUCAUCAGCGACCCGUACACACAAGCGCCUCUUCGCAAGUCCUACAGCGACUUGGCCGGGGAGUGCGUCGUGUACCUCAAGGAGGGCGACUAUGACAUCAAGAUCAACGCGGAGAAGUACAAGGAGAUCAUACUGACCAAGACGCUCAAGCAUCAGAUCUCGGAGAUCAACGAGGUGGAGUUGUUCUCCAACUGA